CAAAUUUGAAAACGAAUCCUUUCUAACGGACCUUUUGAGAACACUCACUGGUUCAAAACCCUAACCAGAAACGGUAACUCGCCGGAGCGAAUGGAACCACGUCCUCUCGCCGUCGAUUCAAAGCGCAAGGCACCGGAAUACGACGUCGCCGACGAUUCCUGGAAACUAUCCAAGUGUCAGAAACCCUCGCCGGAAAAAUUCAUGGUCCGGCUCGAGAUUUCCUCACCGGAUUCCUUCUCCGUCAAGCCUUUUCCCGUUGACGGUUACAAGUUCCCCGGCGAAGCCGCUUGCUUCGAAAAAUUAAGCGUGUGUCUCCCUAAUGUGGUUCCAUCACAUUUUACACAGAAUCAUGUUGGUGGAGAGGCUUGUGUUUACAAUCUCAAAGAUUAUGAUGCUGUUGUUAAGGCUUUAAAGAUUGAGCGCGUUGAUUAUGAAGAUAUCCCCUAUGUAACGCGUAGAGCUAUAAGCAUACUGUCACGUUCUUAUGUUGAGGGGAGAUGGGAACCCUGCAGGCCAGAACAUUUAUCUGAUGCGAAAGUAGAUGAGCUAAUGGGACAACUUCCAAAGUCUCUGUUGGAGGUACUGCUCCCUUUCCAAAUUGAAGGUGUAAAGUUCGGAUUGCGUAGGGGCGGUCGGUGUCUCAUUGCUGAUGAGAUGGGCCUAGGGAAAACACUUCAGGCCAUUGCAAUUGCAAGCUGUUUCAUGAAUGAAGGUCCAAUUCUAGUUGUUUGCCCGGCUAUUUUGAGAUAUACGUGGGCAGAAGAAUUGGAGCAUUGGCUUCCAUCUUGUUUGCCAUCUGAUAUUCAUCUAGUUUUUGGUCAUGUAAACAAUCCUGCAAACCUAGCAAGGCCUCCAAAAGUUGUCGUUAUAUCUUAUACAAUGCUGAACCAUUUGAAGAAGAGCAUAUUAAAGCAAAAAUGGGCUCUAUUGAUUGUUGAUGAAUCACAUCAUGUGCGUUGUACGAAGCGAAAAUCAUCUGAAGCAGGAGAGACACAAGCUGUACUUGAUGUUGCAUCAAAGAUCGAUCGUAUAGUUUUACUCUCAGGGACUCCAUCGUUGUCAAGGCCAUAUGACAUUUUUCACCAGAUAAACAUAUUGUGGCCUGGUCUGCUUGGAAAGGACAAGCUUGCCUUCGCAAAAACCUACUGUUCAAUGAGUACUGUCCGGACAUACCAAGGGAUUGUCUAUCAGGAUUUUUCAAAGGGCAUUCGAUUGGAGGAACUGAACGUGUUACUGAAGCAGACUGUUAUGAUAAGACGACUGAAGGAUCAUGUCUUGAUGCAAUUACCACCCAUACGACGACAGAUCAUUAACUUGGUUAUCAAGAAAUCAGAUAUUGAUUUUGCAAAAGAAGUUUGCAGUAUGGCAAAUGAUGAUGCUUCAACGGAAAAUGAGGUUGAAGAUGCUCUUUCAGACGAUCCUAAUAAACGUGAUGGAGAAAAUGAUGAUGAUGAUUGUUGCAACUCUUCAAGACCAUCCAAUCAAGUUAUCGGUAUCGCCAAACUAGCAGGAUUCAAAGAGUGGUUACUUAUGCAUCCAAUCAUCGCUGAGUCUGAUGAUGAUGAAAAGUUUGACUCAAGUCAAAGCUCUCAUAAAAUGAUAAUUUUUGUUCAUUAUCAUAAGGUUACUGAUAGAUUACAGGAAUUCCUAUGUGAGAAGGGGGUUAAGUUUGUACGUAUAGAUGGACGUGAUGCAUCUGCCAGAGAUAGACAACAAGCUAUCAGUUCUUUCCAACAUUCAAAAGAGGUUAAAAUUGCAUUGGUCGGGAUACUUGCUGGGAGUAGCGGACUUGACUUGUCAGCUGCACAAAAUGUAGUGUUUUUAGAAUUGCCCGAGAAAAUAUCUGACUUUCAGCAGGCCGAAAGUCGAGCUCAUAGACGUGGUCAAACUAAUGCAGUAAACGUUUAUAUAUUUUGUGCCAAGGACACGUCAGAUGAAUACCACUGGAAAAGAUUGAAUACAAGUUUGCAUCGCACUUCAUCAACUGUAGAUGGGAAGUACGACUCGUUGAUGGAGAUCAUGGUUGAAGAUGUUUCCUUACUUAAAACCGUUGAAGAAAAACACAACGAAGCGAAUUUGAUCUUCGAGGGGGAAAGUGAUAGUGAAUCUUCUGCCAACGAGCCCGUGAUAUGCUCUCAGUAUGCAUCUGGUGAAGAGAUGCAACCUGAGGUAUUUAGUGAAACUGCAACUUCAAAAAGUGACGGUGAAGCGUUUGGUCCGUUUCUCAAGUACUGCUACAAGAAAACCGCUAAUAUCGUUCGGGAUGUAAAUAAUGAAGGAAAUGUGGCUUCCAACGUGAUCCCAGAAGUAUAUAAUCAUGAAACUAAGAAGGAUAAUAUAGUAAUUUCACACACUUUGCUUGAUGUUGAUGCUGACAAGUUGAAUGCUAUAGAAAUACUAUGUGAUCGGGAACCUAUUGAUCAGGCUGAAACUGAAGCUGCUGACCCAGAUUGUGUCCCGGCAAAUUCUCUCAGAUUUGAGGUAAGCAAAUACACUGGAAGAAUCCAUUUGUACUCAUGUAUACAUGGGGUGGAAACAAGGCCUACCCCCCUGUUUAAAAAUUUCCGACCCGACGAACUCGAGACGAAAAAACCAUCAGUUGAUGACAAAAAAUGUAUCAAGGACGAUUCUAUAUACAUACCCGCUCUUCUAAGUUUUGUCGAAGAAUGGAACAGUCUCAGGCCCAUCGAGCAAAGUAAAUUAUACAACAAACCUCUUCAACUUCCUUUGGCUGUUGAGUUGUGUCUGAAUGAAAGCCAAAACCAUGAUAAAGACGGAUUGCUAAAAGGAGGAAGUAAGAAGCGUGGUACAUCACUAGAUGAUAUAAGCCAACCCCUCCCUCCAAAUGCUGUAUGGAAGAAUGUAUCUAUCUUUCAUGGCAAAAAAGAAAGACAGUAUCUUCAGGGCUGUACUCUCACUGGUCAACCGCUUUGUAAACUGUGUCAAAAGAAUUGCACGAAAAAGAGUGCGAGGGAGCCUGAAUUCUUCGAGGAUCUGUUUUGUGAUUUGGAGUGUUAUGAAGAAUAUCGCUUAAGAACUAGUAAUAGAUACCUACGCACGGGGCUUGCCCAAAUUGAACAUGGCGUAUGUACAAAUUGCCAUCUUGAUUGUCGAAAACUUGUGAAGAAUAUAAAACCUUUGUCACUUGAGAAGCGUAGAGAAUUUGUUAUCAAAGAAGCCCCGAAGCUGGCAGCGCGUAAAAAUUUACUUGAAAAGCUCAUUAAUGAUCCAACAGAGGGCAACGCAUGGCAUGCAGAUCACAUUGUGCCAGUAUAUCGUGGGGGAGGUGAAUGUAGACUCGAGAACAUGAGAACUCUUUGUAUUGCAUGUCAUGCUGAAGUUACAGCAGCUCAAUGUGCUGAACGACGCUCAGAAAGAGCCAAGGCUAAGAAACAACUGAACCGCUUGCUAGCCAACCUUAAGACUGUUCAAGACAAGCAAAAGGUAGUGAAAACACGCAUAAAGAUAUCGGACUGCGAUGAUUGCGGAAUGAUUGACAGUGAACUUCUUGUUAAUGUCCCGGGAAGUGCUUACCAUACAACAAACAUAAAUGGUGGCAGAAGUGACAAGGCUUCAGAAGAUGUGAGUUCUUGACUUGUAUUCUUCGUCUAAUCUUUGUAUGUAAUUUCAUAGUUAUAAUUUUUUGAAACCUUAGCAUUUGGGGGUUUUGAGUUUCCGUUGGAUGACUAGAAUGGUUGCUUAAACCACGUACCCCUCGCUAUGUAUUAUUAAACCACAAAAGUUGAAUACAUUUUGGUUACCUUGGGUGUGCCAAUAGUUUGAGCCAUUAAAUAAAGUAAAAGUUAGAUUUUUUCUCA